AAAUCCCUGCGAAUCGUUGGUCGUUACUCUCUCUCUCUCGUCUCAGUUACCUUCAUUAGAACAACAAUCAUGGCUCGUUCUCGUCGUGGAGGAGGUGGUAGUUUCGGUCGUGCCGCGCCAUCGCGUCCCGCGGCACGCCCCGCAUCUCGUCCGGUUUCCCGUCCGGCUUCCACCCAAGCCAAACCCGCCACGACUCCGGCUCCCCAGCAGAGUACCGUCCCGGCUCCGCAGUCCAGCGGCGGUGGCGGCAUGCUUUCCGGAAUCGGCAGUACCAUUGCGCAAGGAAUGGCCUUUGGAACCGGGUCCGCCAUUGCGCACCGCGCCGUGGGUGCCGUCGCUGGAAGCUUUGGUGGCGGUGAAGCCGCCGCCCCGGAACCAAACAUGGCGGCCGGCGUGGACGCGGCGCCAGCGAAUCCUUCGGCCAUCCAAGGAGCCUGUGCGCAGGACAAGACCAUGUUCUACGAAUGCCUCCAGCACAACCAGGGCGACCAGCAAGCCUGCCACUUUUUGUAUGAACAGCUCCAGCAGUGCCAGCAGGGACAAAACCAAAUGCAGUUUAGUUAGAUUGGAUCGGAGCGGGACGUGGGCAGGACCGUUCGUGACGGUGGAGAGUCGAACACGGACGCCUGGGUGCGUACCGAAGUAUCCAAUUUUACAGUUAGUAGUGAAGAGUAACUAUUGUUAGUAGCCAACCAUGAAUGAUAU